AUGAGUGCCGCCCAAGCAAAAAUAACCUACGCCUGGGCACAGCACCAUCAGCUCGCGCAGGACCGCGAGCGCCUAGUCCACGCCGUCAUCAUCUGCGCGUACAAGGAGCCAUACGAGGUGCUCGCCGCCACCAUCGGCUCGCUCGCGGCGAACAACCUCGCCAAGAGCUGCGUCGUGAUCCUCGCGACCGAGGCGCGCGACGAGAGCGCCGAUCCAACCUUUGCGCGGCUGGACGCCGAGUUCGGCGGCGACUUCCUCGAGUUCUUCCAGACGCGGCACAGCCUCGGGCCCGGCGAGGUGGCCGGCAAGUCGUCCAACGAGCGGCACGCGUGCAUGGAGCUCUACUCGUGGGCGCAGGCGAGGUCUAUCGACCCGUACACUGUGAUGGUCACGACGGCGGACGCCGACUCGCAGUUCGACUCGGUCUUCCUCGAGCACCUCGAGGCCGA